CAGGUGUUCACCUACGAGGGCCGCUGCGAGCGUUACGAGCUGGACCCCGAGGGGCGGGGUGUGCGGCUAGAGGCGGACUCCCAGCUGCAGCAGCAGCUGUCCGGCCCCGGCCCCGCAGGCGCCCCCGCCGCCCCCUGGCUGCGACCCACGGAGGGCUCCUUCAACGUCCCCGUGGAGAGGUUCAGGCUGCACUGCUUCGUGCCGCCGGAUCAGGAGCAGGAGGAGGAGGAGGAGGAGCGUGGAGGGGGGCAGCAGGAGGGAGGGGAGGAGGUGCAGGCGGUGCUGCCCCCGGCCCCGGCCCUGCCCCGGGUGUACGGCAAACUGGAGUUGCAGCUGCUGGGCCCGCUAUACCGCUGGUGGGAGCCGCUCUACUCGCGCCUGCACGUGCAGCUCUGUCUCACCCCGCUACCGGCGGACGCGGGAGCCGACCUGACACUGCUCUACCCCGCAGACCCGCUCUGCAGCGGGCUUGCGGCAGAUCAGGCGGCAGCGGGGCUACAGGGGCUGGGGGCGCUACCGCAGCAGGGGGUCCUAGACGGGUUGGACGCGAGUGAGGUGGGCUGGGAGCUGCUAGGGCCGGAGAGCCUGCCGCCGGGGCGGCCGCUGUGGCCCGCGCCCGACCCGGGUGCCGUGCCCGUGUCGCCCUUCAGCGGCGGCAGUCGGGACUAUCUGCGGGCUGCGGGCCCGGGGGUGUAUGUGGGUUGCGCGUAUGUGGAGGGGCCGCGUGAGGGGGAGCUGCGGGAGGAGAACUUUGUGUACUUUGUGAUUGUGAGGAAGGUGUGAGGAGGUUGAGAGGUUGGGAGAGGGGAGAGGGUUGGAGAGUGGAGAGGGGUUCGUGAGAGGAGGGCGAGGCGAAGAGGGAAGAAUGAGCAUUAAGGUUGCAUGGAAGCUGAUUGCGGUGUUUGCAAGCAUCGGCGGCUUGGUGGAUUGCGGCGUCUGUUGCAUGUUGAGGCGAAAGGCCCCGUUGCUGCGACUGACGUUGGGGUAUGGAAUGGACUGGCCGCAAACUGAUAAGGCAACACAAGACACUUGCGGCUUAUGUUGCAGUUCUUGCAAAGCAUAAUGCACCCUUGCUUAGGGUGUGGAGGGACCCAGUGGGUGGAGGCCAUGCAUGCGCACGUCUCCUCCCUAGGACCCAUGGAUUUCCUUCAGACCAGGAACAGCUGUAGUUGCCGAGAGGGCGUUGAGCCCGCCGCAAAUGGGAGGGCUGCACCCGCGAGGAGCGGGAAGGCAUGGCGGGGCCAACACAGGAGGUGUACGACACUACCUCCCAUCGGUGAAGGACAUGCAUGCGUUGAGAGGAGGAGGAGGAGGGCGGCUGCAAGACUGCCUCGAGGCGCAGAGACGUACAUGCCACUUUCGAGGCCCUGGUCUGGGAACUGCAUGGGGACAGGGG